AUGUGUCGCAAACAGCCCGGAAUCGCCAUCGGCCGCCUCUGCGACAAGUGCGACGGCAAGUGCCCCGUCUGCGACUCCUACGUCCGCCCGACCACCCUCGUCCGCAUCUGCGACGAGUGCAGCUUCGGCAACUACCAGAACAAGUGUGUCGUCUGCGGCGGCGAGGGCAUCUCCGACGCCUUCUACUGCUUCGAGUGCACCCGCCUCGAGAAGGACCGCGACGGCUGCCCCAAGAUUAUCAAUCUGGGCAGCUCGAGGACAGAUGUGAGUUUCUGCCUCCCCCCGUCUUCGCACGCCUCACGUGCUAUCUUCCCACCCCUGGCCAAGCUGCCUCCUGUCUUUCCUUCGAUGCUCCUCAAGUUCAGAGACUAA